AUGGUGCAGAUACAAGGUCCAGACCGGAGUGCAGCGGAGAGGGAGAGGAAGAGGGUUGCGUUGCGCUGCGACGUGCCGAUGGAGGUGCCUGCAGCCCGCAGCCCGCUAGCACCGGAUGAGAAGAGCCCUGAUGAGUCGGAGGUAAAGCCACAGUCCUGGCAAUUCGCCGAGCUGGGUGCUCAUGGGUCGAUCGAUGGGUGA